AUGAUUAUCUUCAUAUGUUGGGUUUUUAUUAUUACAAGUGUUCACGGUAUAUGUGACAAUGACACAUGUGUACAUGGUAGAUGUAUUAAUCAUACAUGCAUUUGUGAUCCAGGAAUCAAAGGUGAUGUAUGCAAUCUAGAUAUAAUCGAUUGUGAUACGGAAUCCUGUUUAAAUGAUGGUACAUGUAUAGAAUUAAGGAAUGGUUUUGCAUGUCAAUGUUUACCCACUUUUGAUGGUCCACGUUGUCAAUAUCGUCGUGUCAAAAAUAGAUACCAUUGCAAAAAAACUUGUUUGAAUAGCGGUACAUGUGUUGUGACAAAUAAUAUACAAGAAUGUUUAUGCUUAUCACAAUAUUAUGGCUCACAAUGUCAAUAUCGACGUGAUUACAAUAGUAGUUUAUCUUCAAUAAAAAACUGUUCAGUAUUAAAAUUUCGGAAUGGUCAUACAGAAGAAAAAUGUUUAGCUAUUGGUUUGACUUUAUUUUCCGAUGUUGAUUGUACAUGUCAUUAUGAUGACAGCAAUAACAAAUCUGCUAUCUGCCAUAUAAAACCAUCAUUCUAUGCAACGUGUUCAUUUAGACAAACCAUCAAUUUAUCAAUAUCGCCCAAAUCACCUGAUGCAAUAGCUAUUCACAUUUGUUCUAUUAAUUGGCAAACUUUUGAUCAAGACGAAAAUAUUCACGACAUUGUUAUUAAUGUUAAUAUAACACAAUGUCAUUUGUUUUAA